GUGGCAGCGACCACGAACACGACGGAAUCGCAUCAGGAGGCGGCGAUCAAAGCUUGCCUUCAAGUGACGAUUCUGUGACCCCACAAGACACGAGGCCGGUCGUCAGCAGCGGGUGCUUGGAUUACGGCGGCACUUGUUUCUCUGCCCACUCUGGGUAUGGUCACUGCCACCUGGACUUCUCGACCAACACUAUUUUGAAAGUGUACGAUACCCGUCUCCGCGGCGCCAUCGAUGGACGCUUUGAAAGAGUAGAGGCUGGUCAGCUGGUCGUAGUGCAGUCAACGCUUAGUUUCGAUGGCUUUGGUUUCUAUCGCUUUGGCGGCAUGGUGUGCAUCGUACCACGGGCUUCGUGCCCUGAUGGCUUACCGCUCACUCCAGUUGCACUGUCGGAGUGCCCUUCUGAAGACAUGUUCCUCAAAGGAUGUGACCUGGCACAACCCGGCGAGCUGUGUGAGGCUACGGCUACAGGGGUGUGCAAGACGAGAACCGACCUUGGCAAUUGCGACUUCAGCGACUCCGAUAUGUCACGAGGUGUCUACAGGGCCUUGCCAGAUGGUGCAUGUCUCAGCAGUCCUAACUAUCCUGAUGCCUAUGGCGCACGCGAGAUCUGCUUUGCGACGCUGCCAGACUUUACCGUCGUGAGAGUCAACAAAUUUGCAACCGGCACCGAUGGGGACUUCCUCACCGUGAAUGGCAAGCGAUACAGUGGUCCUCAGUGGCUGGGACCGAGGAGCUUUGUGCUCCAUUCCAAGCUUUCCUGGAGAUCUGAAGGCCAGGCCGGCGGAGGAUGGGAGCUGUGUGUGGAGGAUUUGCCUUCGUGCAUUGAUGGCUUGGAACUGAGGCCGGUUUCUGUUCUGGACUGUCCUCCCGGCACCGAAAGUCUUCCGAACUGCCGCAGUGCUGCUCCCGGGGAGUUGUGUGAAGGUGAUGGAACCUGUGGCACGAGGACAGACAUCGACAACUGCUACGACAGCAGCUAUUCGUACCCCCCCAGGCGUGAUGUGUACAAGAAGUUCUUAGGAAGCACGAGAACAACAACAACUAGCCGGAGCUUCACUUUCACAUCUACGACGCUCACAACUGUUACAGCCACAUAUGGAGACGUUGUGGAUGGUUGGUGGCGAUACUGGGGGCCUUGCCAGGUCAACGGCGCAUGUCUCAGCAGCCCUAACUAUCCUAAUGCUUAUGGUGCGAACGAGAUCUGCGUUGCUUCCCUGCCAGACUUCUCCGUCGUCAGGGUCAGCGCGUUUACAACCGAGACCUACAAAGACUUCCUGACAGUGAACGGCAAGUGGUAUAGUGGUCCUCAGUGGCUGGGACCGAAGAGCUUUGUGCUCCAAUCGAACCUCUCAUGGAGAUCCGACGAUCAGCACGGCUACAGCGGAUGGGAGCUUUGUGUCGAACUGCCUUCGUGCAGCGACGGCUUGGAACUGAGGCCGGUUUCUGUUCUGGACUGUCCUCCGGGCACCGAAAGUCUUCCGAACUGCCACAGUGCUGCUCCCGGGGAGUUGUGUGAAGGUGAUGGAACCUGUGGCACGAGGACAGACAUCGACAACUGCUAUGACAGCAGCUAUUCGCAUCCACCAGCUCGUGAUGUUUAUGUCAAAUCGGAGGGGGUCGUUGCGACAAGCACUACUAAGACCGCGAGCACCACACUCACGACGACAUCGACCGUUUCCACAACAACUCUUGCAUGGAAACGCGAAGGCCCCUGGAAUCACGUGGGGCCUUGUGCCGUUCGUGAUGGAUGUGCUUUGAGCCCUGCCAUCGGGGAGACAGUAGAGGCUGAGUGCUCCUUCGUCCUCCCAAGAGGCAGCACGAUCAAGGCAGCGUGGCUUGCAGGGUGA